AUGUUUGAGUUUUCAUUACUCUCUGUUCAGUUCAACUUGGAGUGCAUCGAAUACCAGACAUUUUGAUAGAAACUAAGAGGAUCAGAUUCCCUUGUAGCAUUGCUGUCUCUUCUGAUUUAGCUUUGGAGGUUGCAGAUGCAGUGACACUUGCAUAUAACUCCAAUAAUCAGUGCCCAAAGUUGGAAUUUUGCUAGAGGGCAGGAGCACCGACUUGUUCAAUUCAAUAAUGUAUGAGUCUCCCUGUUUGGCCGCUUUUUCUCUCUCACUCACCCGCCAAUUAUUAUCUUUGUCAGUGUCACUCAUCACUAGAAGGACCAUAUAACCUAUGUAUAUGAGCUUGGACACAUUUCCACAAUAGUUCAUAUCUAAUUCAUUCUUUUCCAUUCUAUACGAUGAGUAAGUUCCAAUCUAAUUCAAGCAAUUUCUUCAACACUAGCUUCUUUCUUAUUCUUCUACCAGUUUUAGUAUCUUCGACCUGCACAUGUAUUCAAAAGCAAGACGAAGAUCGAAACCAAUCCAAGCAACUGAUCAUAUACAAAAUAGUUGCAAUCGUUUCAGUUCUGGUUUCUGGUGCCCUAGGAGUCUGUCUUCCAUUUCUGGUGAAGAUUAACAUACCAUGUCUUCACCCGGAUAAUGACUUCUAUCUCCUAAUCAAGGCCUUUGCAGCAGGAGUGAUCUUAGCGACUGGCUUUGUUCAUGUGCUUCCUGAUGCUCAGGAGAGUUUGACAAGCCCUUGCCUCAGUCAAAAGCCAUGGGGAAAGUUUCCGUUCACCGGUUUUGUUGCUAUGGUUUCGGCCAUUGGGACAUUGAUGAUGGAAGCUUUGGCUACUGGGUACAAGAAGAGAUCUGCUCUUAGCAAACCUCAGCCAUUAGAUGGUGAUGAAGAGACACAUCAUGUUCAUGGUUCUGCAUUGGUGUUAGAAUCAUCAAAUUCAUCGGAUAGGAUCCGAAAUCGUAUCAUAUCUCAGGUUUUGGAGUUGGGAAUUAUUGUCCAUUCAGUGAUUAUUGGGGUAUCCCUUGGUGCUUGUCAAAAUCUACACACAAUCAAGCCUUUGGUGGCAGCAUUGAGUUUCCAUCAAUUUUUUGAGGGCAUAGGACUUGGUGGAUGUAUCUAUCAGGCAAAGUUCAGCCAUAAAACAAUGGCAGUAAUGGUGGGAUUCUUUUCCAUGACCAGCCCCUGUGGAAUAGGUGUGGGCAUAGCAAUCUCCAACACAUACAAUGAGAAUAGCCCCACUUCACUAGUUGUUGAAGGACUGCUCUUAUCAGCAUCUGCAGGGAUUCUCAUUUACAUGGCACUUGUUGAUCUUCUUGCUGCUGAUUUCAUAAACAAUGCCAAAUUGAUAAGCAAUCCCAAGCUCCAACUUGGGGCUAAUUUUACUCUUCUCCUAGGAGCAGGGUUUAUGUCACUCUUGGCCAAGUUGGGAGAUUAGUCCUAAUUCAGUGUAUAGUACACAUUCAGUAUAUAGUAAGUUUUGUACAAUGACAUGAUUUGAAUCAGUGAAUCAUCACUUCACUGGUUCAUUCAAUACAUGGCCCAUUUUCAAAGAGAGCUUCAAAGGCAAACAUUAUAUGAAAUUUCUACUACACACACAUGUAUGUCAUACACACACAUCGGACAGUGUGUAAGCCAUAAGUAAAUAAGAAAGAAAUGUUAUUAUGGCUUAGUUUGGGAUUGCUUUUGGAACCUGCUUCUGGUCCAAAAGUGCUUCUGGAGGAAAGUGAGGCUGUUUGGUAAACUUCAAAAUUGUUGCUUUUGGGCGGAAUUGCUUCUCUGGGCAGCAGGAAAUCAGAAGCUACUUUUUGUAGCUUUUGAAAAUUGCUUUUGCGGAACGCGGCUGAAAACACGGAAGCUUUAAUGAAAGUUAACCGAACCACCUAUUUUGUCCUCGUCCUUUUCUAAAAUUUACACUGAACCCAGACAUUUUUCUUCUUCUGUGCGAGGCAAAACCAUCGCACUCUCCUCCUCUUCCUCCCUUCGCCGUCAAAAACUUGAGCAUGAUUCAUACUCAUCGGAAGAGAUCGAGAGAGGGCGCUGACAUUUUUUUCCCUCUCAGCCUCUCUCCUCGACCAUCGAGGCAUCGACGGCCCUCGCUCUCCUCGAUGGUAACUCGGUGACGGACUGCAGUCGAAUAGUUGAUCGAUCUGUCUGGGUUUUACUUUCUGGGUUUUCAAUCAGUCUCUCUUGGUUGCUCUCUUCCUCAAGCAGCAAAGCAGAAAUUCUUGGUUGCUUUCUGGGUUCGAUUUCUGAUUCUUCAAGCUUAAAGUCCCUUUUUGAAACUCUUGGAAUGGUACACGCCCCGUUCGCUUUACUUCCGAUGCCCUUUCCAGAAACUCAGUUGAAUCAAGCAAAUGAGUUAGCCCCCAUAUUCAAUGAACUUGUUGAUCGAGUGAGUUUGGAUGCAAAAUUCCUGCAGGAUUCAUUGUCCAGAAAUUGAUGCUGAGGCGGAGCUUUUACCAGAUGGAACACUUGUUUUGUAUGUACCUUUACUCCUAUUUAUCGAUUAAAGAAGAAUGAGAUGUUCUUUCUCAUGGUGAAUAUCUGUUCAGUAGCAAAAGGAGGCAGCUGUUUUGAUUGGCUAUUCUCAAGUGUAUAAAGGCUUGUGUAUUGAUGUGCUUCUUUUGUGGGUCACUUUAGUUGGCUUAUCCUGCAAUGUGCUAUUAAGUACUAUUCCUUACUCUUUAAGCUCACAGUCAUGUUAAUGCUGCCUUGAUUUGGUAUAUCUGAUUUGGAAGAUAUACUCAACGAGAUCUUGAUUUUGAUGAACGUGUAAAUUACUCAAGUGAAGAGAUAGAGGACAAUGAACAUGAAGGAGAUGAUCCGGGAAGACAAGAAAUGGAGGGUGUUAAGAAAUACAAUUGCACAAAGUCUAAUGAAUGCAUCUACUUAGCAUUUAGUUGCAAAUUUCAAGUAACUUUAAUAAUUUUGUGUAAUGGUUCCCGUUGAACUAUGGUCGGGAAAUUAAUCCAAAUAUUCUAGACUUAUUUUGUGUAAUAGUAAAACAUAAUAUGCAUAUUGAAGGGUUUAAAGUAAAUCUUUUAUUUGGUCCAA